AAGUUCCUUCUAUACAAAUAGAAAGCGCUCGCCGGAGAUGGAAGAAAGCGUUUCACCUGAGAAUUGAUGAGGGUAACCCUUAUACAAAUUUAACAACCGAAGAGGUUUUGUGUUCGCCCAGAAUAUUGACAUAGCAGCUGCGCGCGUUUCUGAGGGAAAACCGGUCAAAAAGACAGCGGAUGAUACACAAACAAAGGAAGCAAAGAGGUGAGAACGAAACCUGGAAUAAUAUCACAAUACACAACUGGUUGAAAUUUCAGAACUAUCACUUAGCUUGCCGAUAUCGCCAAAAGUUACUGCUAGCUGCUGACUGCCAAGCAACCGUGUUUUAGAUUUGAGAAAAAGACGGGCACUAUAACGAACGAAAUGAUGACAGAAGGACCCAGAUCAAACAAUAACACCCCCAAUGAUUCCGAAUCAGGUAGCGGUGAAAAUUAUGGAGACGAAGAAAUCGGAGCUUUCGAUGCGGAAUUCGACACGUUUCCAAUCGUUCUGGCCAUAUUUAUCAUCGCCGUCAACUUAACUGUCAUAAUUUUAUUCAUUCGCCAUCGCACACUCCGGUCUGUCACCAACUCAUUUCUUGUGAGCCUAGCUGCCAGUGACCUACUCGCAGGAUUGUGUGGAAUUCCUGCUACACUUUAUUGUUCAGCUACUCACAGCUUCACAACCUGUGCUAUCUCAAAUCUAACAUGGCGAUUCAUUUCUGUCUCUACCGUAGUACAUAUUCUACUGGUGUCUGUGGACAGCUACAUCGCCAUAACGCACGCCAUGCGCUAUCAUAACAUCGUAACACAGCGCGCGUUCUUCGCGCUCGUAAGCUUGGCGUGGUUUAUGGCUGCGUUCGUUUCUCUGAUACAACUAUCUUGGCAGGUAGGUCGGAGCGAGGAAGCAGCCGAAACCGCCGAAAAAUUUCAGAAAACUUAUGACCUCGCUACUUUUGUGCUAUUUUUUGUGAUACCACUGUUGGUGAUGGCCUAUAUAUACAUUCGCAUUUUCAGUACGGUUCGGUACCACGAGAAACGGAUAUGGCGAUUUCACAGCCCUUCUGAUCAGCAUUUUUCCACCAAAGGAAAAGAAGAAUCGCAUAACUAUGGACAGCGCAAAACUGUCACCAUUUUCCUGGCGAUGCUUGUCAUAUUUACCGUCUGUUGGCUGCCAUAUUUUAUUUUGAGUUUUCAGGAGCUGAACGCCCAGCAAACAUUUGAUCCACCAGCAUGGGUGCUGUAUGUGUUUUAUUACUACUCUCGAUUUUUUACUUCGUUUUCAAACCCCCUUAUGUACAUUUUUAGAAAAAGAGACUUCAAAGAACUAUUACCCCGUUUGAUUUGCAAGGAUGGAAAAGCAAGAUGCGAAAGCCGAGCGAAUAAAACACUCACAACUAUCUAUAGCAAUGAACAGUGUACCACUAAUUGUUGAAUAUUAUGGGAACUGAAGUCCGACAGAAGCGAUGGCGUUUGGUUUUACAUAACGGAUGACUUGUCGAUAAAACAGCGCAGCACGCCGGAUCCUUGUAACACAACAGUUCGAGAGGAAAGGGACUAGUUGUAUUUAUAAGUAAGGGUUGUAUUUGUAAUGCAGGAGAUAAGUUUAUUCAUUCAACUUUUAUGAAAGAUGGGGUUACCCAUGGAUAAUAAGACGCUUUUGCUUGACAAGCGUCCAAUUUUAUUUUUUCUGUAUGUCUGUUUCAGCAUGGAUCUGAGUAAUUUUCACGAGAAGCACCAUUUAUUAAGUUUACCGCUCGUUGAAAAUGACAUUUACCGUGAACUCACAAAAGAUUUAAUUAAGUCCCAUUAUUAAGGAAAAAAGAACUUCAGGAGGGGAUAAUCCAAUAUUUGCUGUAGAAGUCACUUAGAAUUAGCUGAGCAUGAUUUGCACUUCCGUAAAAAUGGAGCAAACUCUUUUAUCUAAAUCACACGCUCUUUCGCACUAUAAACAAAGACACCUGAGAAAUACCGCACAUCAUUGAGUCAAAUUUAAAUUGGGACUUUAGAAAAAGGUGCGCUUAAAAGAAAAUUAAAUUUGAUAGAAUACAAAGACUUUUAGCCUACUAUAAAAAAAAAUAUAAUUAAUAGUCAAUCGCCUGCAAAUGUUAGUUGGAAAGUACAGACGAGCAUUUCUUGUCCGUAAAAAGAUGAUCAAGAAUUCCAAAGAUUAAAUUUUCAUGGCGGGUCGAGUAUUAGAAGUUAACAUAACAACAUGUACAUAAUAAUUUAUUCUUUAAAUUUAUUGAACAGGAUAACGAAGAUAAGACAUAUCCUGAAUCCCGGGUUGUCUGAAAAGCAUGCUUUUUUCCCUCUUUGCCAAUAAGCAAGACAAAUUUGCAUGUAAAUUAGUUCUGAAUCAUUUUAGUAGGGAAGGAAGACAAAGGAACAAGCAGCUUUCCGUGCACCUAGGUGGGCAGCGCAAGAUAAAAACUGCUAUUUAUGCUAUUAUGAAGCUACAACAUUGAGUUGUCACCUUGAAAAACACAGUAAUAAAAAGCCUCGAGUCAUUCUUCAGAUAACACGUGUAAUUACACUUAUA